CUAUUAUAAAUUAUAUUUGUCAUCUGUGCUUGUCUGUUUCUGGUUUCAUCGUUUUGCUGGGUGCGUUUGCUAUCAUACGUUGUAAUUAUGAAUAUUUUCAUUGGUUUUAUUGAGUAAUAUUCGUCACGUUCGUCCUUUAUGAGAAAUUGUAAAGUGGUAGAAGUGAAAUCCUUCCCAGGAUAUUGACCAAUGCUGCUGUGUACUGAAUAUGGCUGACGAAAGGCUAGUGGUCCUGAAUCGUUGUGACAACUUGGGUUUUGGAUUUUCUUUACUCGGCGAAGCCGGUUUGCCUCAUAUUAUUUACGAAAUCGAAGAAAAUUCUCCAGCUGCUAAGAGUGGUGAGGUUGAGGUUGGUGAUGUAUUGCUCAAGGUCAAUGGAACUGAUGUCAACAGGUUCAGCACACGCGAAGUCUUAAAAUGCUUACGACUGUCGGCGGAUCCUGUGACUCUUCGUCUCAAAAAAGAUCCUCAGAUCAAAGCGAACGUGCGACGCUAUCUCUCAUCCGGCGAGAGACGUUCUAGCGGGCCGCGUAUCAAACAAGAUAAAUGUGGAUCGCCUCCGUCUAGUAAUUCGAACAGCUCGUCUAGUUCGUCGAACGGUCUAGCUCGGUCUGGCGAGAGCUGCGAGGCGCUGAUCGAAGACCGGUCUGACAGACCGAGACUCACCCAGCCGAAGUUCGAGGCCUACAUGAUGACCGGCGACCUGAUGCUGAACCUCUCCAGGGUUGAACACCCACAUCAUAAUCACCACGCGCCCACACACCGCACACACUAUCAUAGAUAUAAUUCAACCCCAGCCUCCCCUAGUGAAAACCGUCUAGCUGCUCGUGUGGAACUAACACAGAGGCACAACUCAUCACCUAACACCGGCCUAUCGGAUCAUGCGAGUAAAAUGUUCAACUCCCAGCCGGCAUCUCCAGCUGGUGGUAAUACCUCAUCAGCUGAGUCCGCUACAAGGACCCAGCACAUCGUCAGAACAUCCAGAUCCGAAGAUCACUUACAGUUUCAGAAGGAAUCGUCUUUGAGCGCGGUAGCUGUUGAUAUGGAAGAGGAUGUGACGUCAUCGCUCAAUACACUAUUGGACGCUCGGCCGGAUUCCGCCACGCCAGGACCUCGCUCGGAUUCCGACGAAAGAGACAGGAUUGUAUGGACGUACAAUGCCCCGGUGUCGCAAUGUAACGGGUCGGCCGCGACAUCAAAUUCUACCUCCAUAUCAGAUGGGAUGUCACAACGGUCUUCAUCCCCGUUGUCGCCAACAUCAGCGUCGUGGUCGGCGCUGUCACCACCUCACCGCGCACCCCCCCUACCACGAGCACCACUCAAUGGCGACAUGAGUUUAUCGGAGGCUGUCUCAAACAUAUCGAGCCCCGAUUUCCAAGACCAGGACGACAUGUUCGAAACGGGUCGGGAGUGUCCGAGAAUGGAACUGUCCGACCCGUCGGACUCGGACUCCACGAUACUGGUGUCUGAGCCGUGUCACAAGAGAGCCAAGUCGAACUCCACGUACUCCACGGAACACGGGAGUGACGUCACCCUCAACGGCGACCACAGCAAGGAGUACAGAAUAGUCAUACAGGUCAAAGGUCCGGACAAACAGAACAACUCCAACGACAACGUCAACAAUAAUAAUAACACGAAUUACGCACAAAAUGGCAAAGAGAACGGGCACAGCUCGCCCGAAAAUCAAGGUUAUCAGGAGCUGUGCAGUGGUUCGGACGCUUGUUCUGAUGACGGGUCAGACGGUGAUUCGCUCCACUCAUUCCACUACAGUCCGAAGGCAGUGGACAUACCUUCAGCUGAGAGGCUUGCGAAACGACUAUACAAUCUAGACGGUUUCAAGAAAUCCGAUGUUUCUAGACAUUUAAGUAAAAACAAUGAUUUCUCCCGCGCCGUGGCGGAGGAAUACGUGAAACAUUUCGAGUUCGCCAACACUACUUUAGACGAAGCGCUACGAGCGUUCCUCGCGCGGUUCGCUCUCAGUGGAGAAACUCAAGAAAGAGAACGAGUCUUAGUUCAUUUCUCACGACGGUAUUUAGAGUGUAACCCGGGAGCGUUCAAUUCACAAGAUGCCGUUCACACGCUCACCUGCGCGAUAAUGUUACUUAACACAGAUCUCCACGGCUGCGGAGGGACGUUCAGGCGCAUGUCGUGCGCCGAGUUCAUUGAUAACCUGGCUGAUCUUAACGACGGCGAAAACUUCCCUAGAGAAACAUUAAAACACUUGUACCACGCUAUACGGAACCAACCGCUCCAAUGGGCGCUGGACUCUGAAGCAACAAACGAGAUUCGGACCGCCCCCGCCGUUGGCAACAAUCCGUUCCUCGACUUGCCGGACCAGAGCCGCGCGGUCGAGUACAAGAAGGGUUAUGUCAUGAGGAAAUGCUGUUACGACGCUAACGGAAAGAAAACUCCAUUCGGCAGACGUGGUUGGAAGAUGUUCUACUGUACGCUGCGUGAUCUAGUCCUUUAUCUGCACAAAGACGAACACGGCUUCCGACGGAGUCAGAUGUCAGAUAACCUGCACAACGCUAUAAGAAUACAUCACGCCCUGGCGACUAAAGCCACAGAUUAUACAAAAAAACAACACGUGUUUAGAUUGCAAACUGCUGACCAGGCCGAAUACUUGUUCCAGACGAGUGAUUCAAAGGAGUUGUGCUCAUGGGUGGAGACGAUCAACUUUGUAUGCGCGUCGUACUCAGCCGCGCCUCUGGCUGGCGCUGUCGGCUCGCAAAGGAAAUUCCAAAGACCACUGCUGCCUUGUACUCACACCAAACUUUCCAUGCGAGAACAGCUAGCGGAGCACGAGGAGCGCGCUGCCCGUUUAGAGGAGGAAUUGGCAGCGUUGAGACUAGCCAGAGAUCCACACAGCAGGGACAAAGAUCAUUACCUCGUGCACGAGAUAAAGAGGUAUCGAACAUACGCGUAUGUGAUGCGUACUCGUGGUGGCGGCAUCGGCGCUGAGGAGAACGCGCCCGCGCUGCCCGAGCGUCCUCACAACCCUCACCACGCGCCGCCCUGACGCGCCAUGGGCCUGUUCGCGGCCUGCGUACUAUGAUGCUACCCGCGCGCACCACGCUAGUACGACAGUCUGCCCAGUACAAAAGUUAUUAUGAUAAAUAACAUGGUACACGGGACGAGAUGUCGAUUGAAAACGUGUCAUGAACAACUAACGUGGUACGCGGGUGCGUGAUAUUCAUGCAUGAAUAAACUAUGUUGAUUAGAUCGUGUGUGAUAAGUGUGGACUACAUAUGAUUCUAUCUGCCUUAUACAAGUUACUCACACUUGGCUUUACUUGCUAAAAGUGCAUCAUACGUGUUAUAAAUGAAAGUAAAACCAAAGUGAUGGCAUCCCCACCUAAUCUUCAAGUGAUUGGAUAGCGAAUGUUUCAGUUUGACAUCACACUAUCGUCUUUUUUAUUCUAAAGUAAUCUCAAAUAAAACUAAGUCAACUAUCUGAACGAGACUCCCUGUACCUAUUAUUACACAUAUUAUUUGGUAACCAUUGGUACUCGGUAGUGGGUUAAAAUUAUAGGUUAAAGUAUAACAAUCAGUGUAAAUAAUUUGACACAAAGUGAUUUUAAAAAAUUUUAAAACUAUUGUAUAGCUAGUCUAUUUGUCUUCAGUGGAUGACGCUUGGUACAGUUGUGAACACAAACUCAUUGUAUUCUAUUAAAAAUGCCUAAUGAUUCUGAUUAAAUUGAUACAAAUUAUAUAAUACAUUUACUAGCUGCGUUUUCAGUUUUUGUAUGUCAAUUGCUGUGACAAUAUGAUUUACGCUCAACUCAUUCAGUUAUUGCACCACUGUAGAUGUAAGCUCUUAUUAAUCUGAAUAGCGAUAGUUAAGUCAAAAGUAAAAAAGUAUUGGAAGAUUUUAAGGUUUGUUAACAAAAUAUAACUGUCUAAUACUUUGAUGGAGAUGUAAUGAUAGUGAUCACAUAACUAUGUAUAUGUAUAUCUUAAUCUCCCAUUGGCUUAUUUACUUAUGAAUUUGAUGCCGCAAUUGUCUAUCUGUUGACCAUAAGACUGACUGAUACUCACCAAACAUUCCAUUCCCCUAAAUGCUUCUAGCAUCAUAUCGAUUACUUUUAUUGUCGAAGGAGGUUAAUGAAAAGUAAGUCAAUUCGGAUUUGAGUAAAUAGAAUGGAAUUGGUGGUUGUUGUAACAAAAAUAUGAUUAUUAUAGAACUGUUUGAACUCACAAUGGAUUUUAAUGUUGCUCAUAGCCUAAGUUUGUCAUUUACUUUUGUAAACAAUACAAUAAUGCUUGUACGGGUCACAUUAGGCAAAAAAAUAAUGUAAUCUAAAGUUAUAACUUACUGUUAAAGUAUAUUCAUAUUCUUAAAUUAUUUAAUUUGGUCCAAAUUAUAAUUCUUUGAUUGAAAAUUGAUAUGAUGUUACUUUGAGAACUGUUAAUUUGCGUGGACAUAAUCAUAAAAUACACUAAAUUUGUUCUUUCUGUGACAAAUAACUUAAAAGCUAUUUGGUACUAUAUAGUGUUGAAAAAUCUGGUAGCAACGUAAUAUCCGUCAGUAGUUUCAGAUAAAAUUCACAGAUCUAGUCUUGUCUUCCUUAAAUAUGUAGUUUUAAAACUAAUAUCCCAUGUUUUGAAACUUUGCUAAGAAAAUUACAAAAAUUACUUCACCAUUAACUAAACAAAAUACAAGUAUGUAAUGUAUUUGUCUAAAUCAAAAAAUUAAAAAAAAUUAUGAAUGGGUAAGCUAAGAGUAAUUCGCCCCAUCAUAUUGAUAUUCUUAAUGUGAAUUUGUAAUGCUCUAGAAGUUAAUCCUAAGUAAACAUUAGUAUUAAACUAUCAGAUAAAUUUAUUUAUUAUGUGAAUGACCCGAUUGAGAAAAGUUCAGUGCGAGUGAUUAAACCGAUAGUAUGUUAUGCUUUAAUUAUUAUCUUAAAUUUGAAACUUUAUAAAAAAAAGCUUCUCUACAGUUUGUGAAAAUUGUUAAUCAUUCCAUGUAAAAUCAGUAAUAUGUAUAGAUGCAAACAGAGUUGUAUUAAAAAUAUUUAUUUUGUCAAUCAUGCUCGAAUGCUUUAUAGGUUCGUUAUUUCUUACUUUGGCAGAAUUUAUAACAUUAUAUGUAGAUUCUAAAGUAUUGAGACUGAUAAAUGAAGUAAUUUAUUUCUAUGUAUCAACCAGUGUCAAAUGUUGGGCUCUAAAGACUUAAGCAUCAGCUCUCGAUGCGCCGAGUGAUUGUAUCGUUAUAUAAGUAUUAAAAACUUUUAAAUACACUGCUAGCAUAAAAUAUAACAAAUUAUUAAUAUAUAUAUAUAUAUAUAUAUAUAAUAUAUAUGUAAAAUUUUUGAGCAGUGCACCACUUACUUUUGUAUAUUUUCAUUUUAUUUGAUACAUAUUAUAUACUUUGUGUUAAAUCCGUAAAGGUGAUUUUAAUUUUCGCAAGAUUCUGUUGCAUUUACAUAUUAAAUAUUCCAAAGUGUUAUUGUAACCGAAUUUUUUUUACACAGUUGGUCUAUAAUCAAAAAUCAUUUAUAUAACUCUGUGAAAUACUAAAAAAUUAAUAUGAUUCACUCAAUGUUCUGAAGUACAGGUGUGAUUAAAAUUUACAAGUUAAUUAAAGUGUUACACUUUUUACUAUACAUAAUGUUAACUUUCUAUACCGAGAAAUCUACAUGUACUUGGAUCAUAUCAACAUUGCCUUCAAUGCAAUCAAGAAUCUUGAGCAAAAUGGACAAUACAAAGUAAUGUAUUGAUAAAAGUCAAUCUUAUAAACGAAUCAAAAUAGUUAUUUGUUAAAUAUUUUGUCAUGUAAUCAUGUAAAUAGUUUUUUUUUAGUUUUUAUUUACAAGUUACUUUUAUUUUUUUUUAUUAUUUACUGAAAUGUAUAGUUGGAUUAGUUUUAUUUUGUUUUAAAUAAAAUGUUUGCCUUGAGCUUGAUGAAA